AGUAUGUGCUCGGGAUGAUCACCCCCGUGCCCGCGCCGGGCGCGAGCGGCGCGAGCGGCGCGGAUGGCGGAUCCACACCCGUGUCGCCACCCAUGGCGAUGGGGGGAAUGCCAGGCAUGGGCAUGAUGGGUGCCAGGCCCAAUGGCAUGAUGCCUGGCAUGGGAAUGAUGGGCAUGAACCCUAUGGGUACUAUGCCCGGCUGUGGUGGAACGAUGCCGUCCAUGCCCGGCGGAUGCCCUGCCGCGGGCGGGAACUGCCCAUGCGGGGGCGGCUGCCCGGGCUGCGGCAUGGGCGGCUGCGGCUGCGGCAUGGGCGGCUGCCCGAUGGGAUGCCCAGGGAUGAUGAAUCCCAUGAUGAAUCCUAUGAUGAUGAUGAUGAUGCAGCAGAUGCAGCAAGGCAUGCGUAGCCAACAAGCUAGUGGUGCCAGCAAGAGUGAGAGCAAACCAAGCUUACCCGAGCCGGACGACGAUGCCAUCGACCCGGAUGUGCAGGAACUUUGUGACUAUUUCAACAUCGAGGACCGAUGGAUCAAGCGCCUCAACGAGACGAUGAAGAAGCGCCAGGAUACCAAGGCGGAAGACUUGGAAAAACUUUAUGAGACCUUAGAGCGCGCUCGCUCACCCACUGGUCUUUUGACAGUAAAGAUUGGGGAGAUGGAGAGCGGCCGUUUCAUUGGGAAGGUGAAGCCCGACAAGGAGGUGGAACGCUUGGCGCGGAAGUUCAAGCUGGACGACCCGGUGGCCUCGCGCUUCACCGAGCUCAUCCACCGCCGCAAGAAGGACGGCGAGAUCGACCGCAUGCACAAGGAUUUGAACACGAUCGAGCAGCACUUGCGGCAUUGCAAACGGGCCAAUGCCUUGGCCACCUUGUUGGUGGGGAAGCUCCUGGAAGGUGAAGUGGAGGAGCUACCGGACCUCACCGAGGCGGAACACGUCAUGGAGAAGUAUCGCUUGGAUGAAGAUGCCAAGAGCAAGCUUCGAGAGAUCAUUGAGAAGAGGGCAGAAGAUAAGGAUGAGAUCUUGGUGAGGGUCAAGAAGCAUUUGGACAAUUGUUCCAAUCCAUCCUCAAUGCUGUGCAAGAUCGCGCGGCCCUUGAUCGACAACGAGAACCUUCCGGAUCCCCCCGAGCGACCACAGAAGGGAGAAAACAAGGGGGGUGGAAAGGGGAAGGAUCGUGGUGAUCGGGACCGGCAGGAUCGUGGCGACCGUGACCGUGGUGACCGCGGCGACCGCGACCGCGAGCGACGGCCGCGGCGCAGUCGCUCCCGGCGCCGCUCGCGGUCGCGACGGCGGCGCAGCCACAGCAGGGAACGGAGCGAGGAGAAGGAGAAGAAGAAGGAAGAGGAGUGAAGGGCCGGCCCAUCCUGGUGAGGACCCCAGCAGGCAGAGGAACUUGAAACAUGGCC